GAAAUUUCCGGAUUUAAUUUAAAAUAAUCAAAUUUAAAUUAUUUGAAACAUAGAAGGGUUUAGGUUUCGUAUACUAAAAGAGUACUAUAUAAUUAUUUCUAUAGCAUUUGUGAUAAGUAGAGCAAACAAAAUGAAUGACUUUUUUAAGGAUUUUGAAAACUUUACGGAAAGUUGGUGGCCCUAUAUAAUUUCGUUUUUAAUUAGUGUUAUUAGUGGAAUAAGAAUGUACUUUGGAGGUACGUACUGCAGUUCACAAGCCAGACUUGAUGGUAAAAAUAUUAUAAUAACAGGAGGCUCGAGUGGAAUAGGGCUUGAAACGGCUAAGGAGCUAGCAAAAAGAGGUGCUAACUUAAUACUAGCUAUCAGGAAUGGCGAAAAAGGUGUUAAAGCCUUAGAAGAAAUCAGACUUGUACAAAAACAGGCGUCCGUACAAAUAAAAAUAUUGGACGUAUCCGAAUUUUCCAGUAUUAGAAAUUUUGUUGAAGAAAUAAAACAAGAAUACAACAAAAUCGAUGUAUUGAUUAAUAAUGCUGGAGUUAUUGGUAAUAAAUCUGCCAAUCCGGUGGAUGAAAAUGAAGCUAUAUUUUCAACUAAUUAUUUAGGUCCAUUUUUGUUGACUCACUUACUGCUGCCUUUGCUCAGUCAAUCUGAUAACGGUCGAGUCAUUAACGUAUCAGCUUUAGCACAUUACAACGGAAAGUUGCGUCUCGAUGAAACUUUUGGCCAAAGUUCAACGACGCAAGAAGCUUUUGCCGAAAGCAAGCUAGCUUUGACGGUGUUCACAAAGUAUAUAGCUCAAUUACACAAAAAUACCAACAUGACUUUUAAUGCCGUGAGCCCAGGUCUGGUCAGGAGCACCGGCCACUGGACCAAUUUUUCGCAAUUGUACAGCUCAUAUUUAACCAAAUUCUCCAUUUUGCCUUGGGUGUGGUUAUUUUUGAAAACUCCCAAGCAGGGUUGUCAAACCAUUGUAUAUCUUGCGGUAGAGCCAAGCCUACAUAAGGUUUCUGGAUGUUAUUUUAGUGAUUGUGAGAUAAAGGAACCAGCUGACGUUGCUAACGAUUACAACGUGGCCAGAACAUUAUACGAAAAAACAUGCAAAAUAGUUGCAGUUGAAUCAGAAAAUUUAAAUAUUCAAAAGAAAUCUGCAUUAGAAAAAGAAGAAAUUAACUGAACAUGACUAUAUUUUGUAAUUUUACAUAUUUUUUAACGUAUAGGCAUAUAUUCCAAUUUUUUAUACGUUUUUGUUUUUUUGAAUAAAAUCGAAGAGUACAUCCC